AUGUUUACUACUUCCACUACCAAUCAUGUUUGCAAAAUUAUCUCAUUAACAACUGAACGUACACCGAUACGUCGUUGGCGGAUGAACGCACACAAACAGUUGCACAAUAUGUGCUACCCAAAUAAUCGCUGUGAUGAAGCGCAAAUUGCAGGAAAUGUCCAAUUAUUCAGCACAUUUUACAUCUUCGCUCUCCUUAAUGAUGGCGUACAUUUGAUGCAAAUGAAGAAAUGGAAGAGAACGAGUUUUGAAAUGGCAGAGCGCUAUUGGCCUAACAUUAAAAGUUUUAACGGCGAAAUCAAAAGUGCUUGCUAUAUAAUUACGGAUGAACUAGAAGAGAAACUCAUGAUACCUGGUCUCAAUCCAUAA